AUGGGAGAUCGAUCUCCAUACCCACAGCGACCUAGGCCAGGCGGAGGACCAGGGCAUAUGAGGGGCUUCUCUGUUUCGGAUGACAGACUCAGCAAUGUCAGCAGCAACACCGGAAGCACUACUAGUACCGCCAGCACCGCUACUCCUCCCAACAGAACCUCGAACUGGCCUCUCCAGCUCACAAACAGACGAGGACCUCCUCAAAACGGUCAACCAAAGUCUAUCCUCCGAAGGGGUGGCCGGCCACCACCAACACAGGGUCGUGCUCGACGGAACUCGGACUCAUCCUUGGCCUCGUCAAACAUCCCCGAAGUAGGAAGCGGUUCUGAGACGGGCGGCUCUGAUAUCGGUAGCUCUGUUCUCUCUGGUGGCCCCAUGAUGAUGAACGGCACGGUCAUGAUGGGCCAGCCCAUGACCACGACUAGCCUACAACAGAAGCGCCUCUCCAUGCCUUCCCGGAUACCCUCUCCUUCUCCGUCGCGGAUACCCUCUCCACGCAUGCCAUCACCCGCUUCCCGCAUACCCUCGCCUAACCCUCAUAUGACUCUUCAAAGAGCCCCUCCAAGGGGCGCUCCAAUGCCCACCCAAGUUCAUCUGGCCCCUGGAAUGCCUGGACGGCCUCCCCUCCCACACCACACAACCACUGGCUCAAUUGGCCUCCCGCGCAGGGUGCUCAGAGCCAAGAUUCCUGUAAUCAACCUCCCCGAAGAACGUCGUGGAACCCUCAACUUGCGCCCCUCCCGCGUGCCAACCCCUCCUCAGGGCCCUCAUGAUGGUCCCUACGGCCCUCCUCCUCCUAGUGGUGUGCGCACUAUUUCUGCGCCACGCUAUGUUCUUGACAACAGCCCUCACGAGUACCACGAUCAGGAUACCGAAACCGAGUCUGUCUCGGAAUCCUCGAUGCACUCCAACAGCACCAGCACUCUGGCCACUACAGUCGACUCGAGGCUCUCCCUUUCGGACUGCGCCAGUGAUGCGACACCAACAAGCAUCUACAGAUCCUCCUCAAAAUCCAACAAGUCAACCCAAUCUACCGUCCGGUUUACUCGGAGCACCACCGGUUCUGAUUCUGAUGAUGACAUCAGCGUUACUAGCUCAAACCUUCCAUCCCGCAAUCAACAGCUUCGCGUGCCGCAACGAUCGCCCGGCCCCUCACCGCGGACCGCCCUGGUGGUGGCCCGGACAAACAGUGAGCCUUUGCCAUCUGUCAAGAUUAGGGUUCAUCACCGAAGCUCUAGCCAGGAAGAGCUGAGGCAACAGCAGUCUCUGGAGACGAACCUUCGUCGCAGGAUCGCCAACCUUGAAAUUGAGGCCAGGGAGCUGCGUACCGGCCAAAGCGAGCUGAUCAGCAAGGAGCGCGAGCAAAAGGAGUUUGAGCAGCAGCUUCUUGACAAGAUCGAUGCCCUCGAGACUGAAGCGAGAGGUCUGCGUGAUAACCAAGACAAGCUUUUGGAUGAGAAGUAUGCCAAGGCUUGGUACCAGAAGAACAAGGAGGAGAACCUUCUGGGCAAGUUGAACCAGCUGGAGGAGGAGAACAAGAAGCUGCGCACUAGUCAUCACAACCUGAAGUCACAGCUGACUGACAAGGAGGCCGAUGCGAUUGAUAUGCGUGACAAUGUGCGCAAACUCAGGGAGCAGCUCGAGGAGACUACCGCCCAGGUGGCAGAACUUCAUCAGAACCAGGCAGAGCUUCAUCAGAACCAGGCUGCCUUGGAAGAUGAUAUCGAGGCACUAGAAAAUGAAAGGGACGACGCUUACGAAGAGGUGGAGGCAGAAAGACACAACAUCGGCGAACUCCAAUACAACCUCGAAAUGCAAGGUCGCAGGAUAGCCGAGCUGGAGCAACAUCUGAACGCCACGCGUGGUGAAUUGAACGCUACGCGUGCGCAAAAGGCUGAGAUACAAGCUGACCUGCAAGACAAGCUCGACAACGAAAGCAGAACCGCCGCCGAGUACAAGACUACCUGUGCAGCAACCAGCGCAAUGCUCAGCGAAGUCCAGAAAGAAAAGGAUGAUCUCGAGGAGACUGCCAAAAUUCUCAAGGCUACCGUCACCCGUCUCGAGGAAGAUGUCAAGUCCCUGCAAGGAGAUCGGUCCGAACAUGAGGCUCGUCUCAUGCAGCAAAUCUCGACCAUGAGGAUCACGAACAACGCACUCGAAGAGCAGCGUGACCUGAGAGACAAGGAGAUCGAAAACUUGAACACCAGCCUUAACGAGUUCAAGAUCACCAAGGAAGUACUUCUUAAGGAGGUCUCCGACCUCAAGGACGCGAACCACCUCGCCGACGAGGACAAGCAAAAGCUCGCCCUGGCGGCAGAGAAGGCAGAGAUGGAGCUUAGACUGCGAAUUGGCGACCUGGAGAAGGAGAAGGCGGAACUGGAGGAGGCCAAGGCCGCAGUGGAAGCAGCUCGGGCUGACCUGGAGAGCAAGCUCACCACAGCCGAGGCUAGGUCCACCGCUCUCACCACGCGUAUUGAUGAGCUCGAGAUCUCUAGUGCCGGCCUGAGUAACAAGGUCGGCACGUUGGAGGGUGAGAUUGCCGUGCUCAGAGCUGAAGGUGUCAACCUCCGCAUGCAGAUCGACGGUCUCGAAUCCGACAAGGCCGGGCUGAGAAAGCAAAUCGACGACUUGGAGGCCGAUAGGAUGAAUGGACAGGCACUUCUUAGCACCCUCAACACCGAUCUGGCGGGAGCACAGACUGCCAACGUGUCGAUUGCCACUCAAAAGCUCAACGCCGAGCAAGAGUUAGCGAGAAUGCGCGAGUCUCUUGAGGCAGCGAAGGGCAACAUGAUGACGCUUUCUGGUCUCAACGCCGCUCUCCAGGCCGAGGCGGACAAGGUUCCGGGUCUGCAAACUGCCAAGGCUGAGCUUGAGUACCAAGUUGCUAACCUCAGCGUCACCAAGGUCGAGCUGGAGUCAAAGGUCACUGAGCUGGAGGCUAAGGUUGCCGAGUUUGAAGUUCGUGUCGCGACGCUUCAAAGCGAUGCGGACAAGGUUCCCGCUCUAUCUGGCGAGAGGGACGCAGUCCGUGAAGUGGUUUCUGAACUUCAAGACAAGGUGUCCAGGCUGGAAGCGAAGCUUAACAAGGCACAGGCCGAUGCCGACCAACUCCCUGCCAUCAUGACAAACAGAGAGGAGCUUGUGAAGCGGGUGAGGGAGCUUCAGGACAAGGUCAUCCGACUCCAAGAUGAACUCAACUCGGAUCCCGACGUGACCACCGCCGAGCUUAGGGCCGAGUUGGAUGCUAAGCAUCAUGAGAUCGAGCGUCGUAUGGAUGAGGCCGCUCAUCUGAGAGACCAGAACAACCGUCUCUCCGCCCAGUUGGGCGUAGCUCGCGGCCAGCUCGAGGGUCUUCAGACGUCACUGGUUGUUGCUCACCACCAUCGCAAGUCCAGCCGCGAGAGCAGGUCUCGGGCGUCGUCGCGGGAUAGGUACGAGGAAAAGUCGAGCAGCAGCAGGAGCAGGAGGAAGAAGGACAAGGAUAUGGUCGUCGUGCGGAACUCCAACGACAGAAGCGCCGUAGACAGGAAGAAGCAAAAGGAGAAGAGGAAAUCACUCUGGCUUUGA